UCUUACCAUUCGUGAUUUUGAUCCACACUUCACACCGUCUCGACAGCCUUCAGAAUCUUCCUUCUCAUAUGCACUUUUCAUCAACAUCCUCGAGGGUCUCGCGCUCGUGUCCGACCUUGGCAGUUGCUCAAUCGGCCGCCUCGCUAAGCUAGCAUGAGUUGGUGAGGCCGAGAGACACAUCUCACCAUCGAGCAUUCGCGCGAGGCGCCAAGCCAAAGAGUGACACAUCUACGCUGCACUUUGAAGCGGGCACCAUGACCUCUUUCAUGAACGACGACACCCCCACUGCCCCUUCCCAACCAAGAUUCAAAGCCGCGCGUAGCCAAGCAGGCCCUUCGGAUGCUGACGCUCGACAGCCACAAGCAAGGGAGACGAACCAAUUCGCGCUAAGCCCAUCUCAGACAUCCCAGACUGCGAAGGGCUUGGGGCUCAGUUUCGGUUUGCCGAGUUACUCUGCAAGCGCCGUGAGCCACUCACCGUCCAUCCGAGAUGAUGAAGACCAUUCUGGACCAACGGCCUUGAGGAGCUCUGCAGAUCAGCGUUCUGAUUCGGGUGGCAGCGCCGCGCAGAACUAUCCGGCUCUUAGGGAAGGGGCCAGAUCUCCAACAUCAUUUCCCUACUACGACGCAAAGCGUCGACCGACUCUCUCGCACAGUAGUAGUACUAGAUCUGGAGCAGGAAAGACAAGGAGCAAUUCUAGGCCAUCCAUCUCAAGCCGGCGUGGCGCCAGAUCGCCCGGCUGGGAGUCUGACAUUGGCCCGCAGCUCGACUUGGCUUUGAGCUUCGUGAGCGGGGCACCACGAACGCACGGCACGAACGCGUCCAUCACGUCUCCGUCUAGUCAGAAAUUUGCCAUGUCACCUCUGGCUCGAAGCGAAGGUGAUCUCAGCCGCGGUAAUUCGUCACUCAAAAUUAGGGCUGCAGACGCCAUCGAAGCUGCUCAAAUAGAGGUCAUCGAUGCACUGGCAGCCAUGGGGCGUGUAGUUUCCUCGUCCUCUAGAGGCGAGAGCAGAAGCAGCGACCGUGAUGGGCCGCCUUCCGCCAACGCGGACACUGAGAUGGUGAUGAGCUCGCUGCGCUCGCUUGCUGGUCUGACCCUUGGACAAGGUUCCAGGUCUAAAAGUUCGAACAGCGUUGCAAGCAUGGAAAGUUCUGGGAGUGGAGGCAGUGCUGGAAGCGCCAGCAUCAUCACCUGGGGAGACGCCCUACAGCACUCACAGUCAAGUCGAGCAAUCGUGCGGAAGAGGAGCUUUGCAGAAGACUUGGUUAGCUCUGACGCGCAGCACAUGGCACACUAUCGAACAUCCGAAGCAGCUCGAGCACAAGCCUCCACCCCUUCGACAGGUAGACGCUCUGCAACUCCGGCGAGUGGUCUUCUGACCAGCGCGAGCACCCCAGAAGGCGCUCUGGGCCGCAUCUCGUUGCCUGAUGUGGGUCCAAGCGCAGCCAUAGACACUACAGAUGAAUUUGUCGGAUCCCAUUCGGAGCUCGCAGCGCACUCGGCAGCCCUAGACGUGCGCCGAGACAGCGCGAAAAGCGAGGAGGAGCAGGAAAUCUUGCUGUCGCAGAUAGGUCACGAUCCUCCGGGGCACUCUACUCGCUGUUCUGGGGAGAUCGAUAGGACUGCGCACGAACUUCCAAGCCUGGAACGAGCGCGUCAGCGGCGCGAGAUGGAUGCUACAGAAAGAGCGAAGCAGCAGGCAGCUGUGCGCCAAAAUGAAGCCCAAAUGGCCGCCUUGAAAGCUGGGCUGCGCUACGUGAUUGAAGUACAGGACGACUCUAAUCGACGAAGAAUCGCUGCGGAGGAUGCAUUGGCGAGCGUGAUCGCGAAAGCUGCUUCUUCUCCACCCUCAGAGGAGACCCGGCUUCCGAGUGGUUCCGGACCCUCUUUGAGCAAAUCUACAGACACUCUGCCGUGGCUGACUUCCACGGUCUCGGUGGCGAGCAAAUCAUCUGACAGCGCUGCGCCCCAACCGCAAGGCCGCUCAAGAAGUCGGUCUAUUCUGAAGACAAUUGCAUCAAAAAUGCCGCUCAGUCUGCAAGGAGGCUCCAGUGCGCAAGCUUACGUGGCAGAGGAGAGCUCUGCACAGCUCGCAUCCGGUCUCUGCGGCCCUUCGAACAGGCUCAGCGUCCUUCCUGGCGGCACAUUUUCCCUACAAGCGAAUAAACAUCAGGGGCAGGCAGAGAUAGCCGCUGCGCUCAGUCGCUACACCGAUUCUCAGGGAUCUUACUCGCGAAAAGGGGCAAAAAGCUCUGCGUCAACCAGCAUCCAGAAAGCAGAGUCUAUCCGACCUCUAUCCGUCUCCCAGCCGUGGACUGCAGGCUGGGACGUCAUGAGCUAUGACUCUGGCAAGACUGCAGGAUCGAUUGAUCUCUCCGCACGCACGGCCAUCUAUCCGGACUCGCAUGCUUCGGCCCGCGGAUCUGGCCAAGUGAUUCCUUCGAUAGCUGGCAACGAAGACGUGACAUCUUUGCGUGUUGCGCUGUCGCAAUCACGCCUGGCCUUGGCGAACUUAGAGCAAGAGAGACGCAGACAGGACGAAGAAACAGAGGAGCUAACUAACCGGGUAUUUAUUGAAGCUCAAGAUAUGGUUAGGACAGAGCGUGUACGCGCGAACGCUCUCCAGCGCGAGGUCGUCAGUCUGCGGGCUCAGCUCACAAAGAAGACACUCAAGGGGGCAGGGGGCGCAGCGAUCGAGGCUGGUGCGUCGGAUGACAGUGAAGCGGACAUGAUGGCGGCAGUCAAGGAAGCGGCUUUGGCAUGUGCCGAAGCUGAGCAGGACGCGGCGACCCUUCGGGAUGAGAUGGAAGCAAUGAGCUCCAGAUGUCAAGUCCUCGAAGAAGCACUGUACCACGCCGUAGCUGCGGUAGCGCAGACUCGUCUGCAAGAAGCGGAUGGUGCGCUCAAAGACGACUUUGACACUGUGGCUGCACAGCUCUGGGCCGCUGCGGAACAGUCGUCCAGCGCAGACACAGCGGUGGGAACUCUCCCCACUGUCGCGAUCGGCAGCCCCGCUUCUCAUGAUGGUCAUCAUCGCGUCGAUCUCAUCGCGCAGGAGCCGAGCACGGCUUCUUCGGGGCAAUCUGCUUCCAUUUCUGGUGCCGAUGUUCGACAGCCUGAAGCGCUUUCAGAUUCAGGCCCUGACAUGCCAGGCUCUCUGCUUGGCACACAACACUCCGAGACACGCUCGCCCAACGGCUUACGAGAUUCAACUGCGCCAUACCACCGUAAGAGCAGCCUCGACGUUCCUGGUCGGCAUUCUACGGAGAGCGUGUCUUCUUUCUACAGUGCGGUAGCUGGCAAAACCCCUGCACCGGGCAGUGCAGCCAGCAGUGACGAAGACGAUGGUGAAGUCGUAGAGACGUUGGACCAAAGCGACGUGCCUGCCUUUGACCACUAUCCUCUGCGUGGAGCUGCGCCCUAUUUGGACUCACCCGUCUCGCCGCCAUUCGCUGGCAAGGCCUUGACUUCUCGGACAAGCUGUGAUAACACAAAUGUGGCACCAGAUCAGCUGCUUUGCACAUCAGUGCCGCAGGCGGCUGAGCCCCAUGAGAAAAGCUCUGUGAAGGAGGCAGCCGCUGCGAGGCCGCGAGCCACCCCUUUGAAGUCUUUGGUGCUUGAGCGCCCAGCAUCCUUGGGCAUCGAGAUUGGUCGCAGACUCGAGCGCAAUGCUUCUCUCACAUCUCCAGGAUUGGAUCGCUUGCCGCGCUCAUCGCUAGGUUCGCCGUUGAUUGGUUCUGGCUCUCCGCGAGGUCUGCCACCUCGCCCGCCGGAACCAAGCUCCCCCCUCCCAGCACCGCCUCAAGAUCAGCCAGCACCUCACAGAGGAGGCGCUCCCUCUGACUUUGCAACACCGUUGCGACAAGCUUCGAACUCUGAGAGCGGACAGCUGUGGCGUUUCUCUGACUUAUCGCUGCUCCAUGCUGCCUCAGAAGACAGCCCAUCACUUCGGGAGCCUCCGCCAAGUUUCACCACUAGGUCAAGCACCGCUGCGUCGAAACUAACCACGCCCGAAGUGCAGCAACUUGAGCAUUCUCGCGUGGCAACAAGGACCGCCGUUCUACGAGGCAAUCAGGCUCAAGAUACCAACGCCGACGAGCCCAGACAGGAUCCCGGGACGCGAGCUGGCGCUGCCCCAAUCUCCAUAGCUUCACCAGCUUCGUCGGCGCUGAGCAGAGAAGAUCUGUCUAGCCCACACCUUGACCCUCUCCACCGUCUCUCAACACGUUCGAGCACAGAGGAUGACAACGACUCUGCCUUUGACGAUACCCAGACGAAGGUCAUGUCGGAGUCCACCACUUCGUCUUCGACCCGCGGUCAACCGCGUGCACACGCGUUUCCCCGCGUGGAGUCGAUCGAAACUUCUUCGCCUCCAGAAGACUUCGGUGCAGCAGAGCGAGCCUCGCCGGAACGACUCAAGAAGUCUGCCGGACCGUCGCCAGUGCGGCAGCUCCCCUCUAUUCCUGCACCGUCCACACGCAAUACCAAGAGUCCCACGCUGACAAGCAAGAGCAGUGUACGAAGCCUAGCGUCGACUGACACUAGCGCAGCUAAAGGUGGGAGGAAACAUGCCGUGAGAGGGUCUGCAAAUUUGUUGCAUAGCGCGAGGGGACGCCGACCUAGGUACAACAGCCGUGGAAGCUCGUCCGCAAGCUUGAGUAGAAAUCGAGGCACCUCGAUCAGCUCGUCAAACGUGGCCUACCACAGCGAUAUCAAGCCAGCGCGUCCUUCGGGCCUCGUGGAAUCCUCAUCUGCGAGUUCCAUCUUGAAUUCGGCUGCGCGAUGGACUGCAGACGCUGCAAAGACCUUGCCGCCGACAAGAAGGGUCGCAGGCAGCUCCCUCUACUCGGUGAGCUCCUCGGGCUCCCGUCAAAGUUCCGUCUUGCCUUCCAUCGGUCCCGCCUCCCACACGUCCCACGGCACUUCGCAAGACCCAGAAACCAACUCGAUCUCGUCCGGAAGCGCGGGGCACCAACGUUCUGAAGGCCAGCACAACACCAAGGAUCUUCCCGCAGGCUUCAGUCGGCGCCGCAACUACGGCGCGCAAGUCAAGGACAGUGGUGUCCAAAGUGACUUCAAGUUUCAGCCGCCACGCAUUCGCUGAGCGAGCAUAGCGCAUCUCAUCCUCGACCCCGACGCUCGCUAUGGCAUCGCCAAGCGCUGAAUGGACGUUCGUGACGACAGGAGAAGCCCGACAGACAUCGCG